UAAACGCUGAUGACGUCAUGGAGAGAUGAAUAAACACUGAUGACGUCGCUGAUGACGUCAUGGAGAGGUGCUCCUCCUCCAGUCUGGUUCUCCUCUCUCAGAACGGAGGAGACACGCGGAGGAGACGCGACGAGACAUCAUGCACGAUCCGCUGGUGACCGAGACGUUGGCUCUGGAGAACAACACCACACUGUCGAAGUGCGAGGCUCCGUUUGAUGACGGCCGCCUGCCGCUGGUGCUGCUGUACAGCAUGGUGCUGGCGGUGGGACUGCCGGCUAACCUGCUGACCGUCUACCUCACCUGGCUGCAGGUGUGCAGGAAGAACGUGCUGGGCGUGUACCUGUGGAGCCUGUCGCUGUGUGACCUCACGUACCUGGGCACGCUGCCGCUGUGGACGCACUAUGUCAGCGGAGGUCACUCGUGGCCCUGGAGCUCGGCGGCCUGCAAGCUAACAGGCUACAUCUUCUUCAACAACAUGUACAUCAGCAUCUUCCUGCUUUGCUGCAUCUCCUGCGACAGGUACGUCGCCGUGGUCUACAGCGUGGAAUCCCGCGGUCUCCGCCGGCAACGCCUUGCCGCCCUCAUCGCCCUCUUUAUCGUGCUGCUUGUCGCCGUCGUUCACGUCCCCGUCUUCACCAUGAAGGAGGGCGAAGUCACAGAGGGCCAACGCCGCUGCUUCGAGCCGAGUCAAAGAAACGCCAUGGUGACGGGCUUCAACUACGCACGCUUCGUGGUGGGCUUCCUGAUCCCGCUGCUGGUGCUGGUGGGGACGAACCGCGGCAUCCUGGCCAACGUGCAGCGCAGCACUGGGCUGCGGCGGGAACAGAAAGUGCGUGUUUGCUGGCUGGCGGCGGCGGUGGUGGUGCUGUUCCUGGUCUGCUUCGCCCCGUACCACAUCAUCCUGCUGGUCCGAGCCGUCAUGUACCACUUCCCCCAGCUGGAGGACAGAACCUGUCUGUUUGAGAGGACCAUGUACACGCCGUACACCAUCUCCCUCGGCCUGUCCACCAUCAACAGCGCCGUCAACCCCAUCCUCUACGUCCUGUCCAGCAACAACAUCCGCAAAGAGCUGAGCCGAGGCCUCGUGCAGGUCUGGGACAGAGCUCACCUGAGACCACGAUCUGAAAGCUGCCAGAACAAGAUCCAGCCAGCCAAGAACUCCUCAGAGCUGAACGUAGUGAGUGAGACCGAGAAUCACCAGGCAGGAAAACUACCAGGGACUUGACAGGCCAACCUCUGCUGGACUCUGCUGGACUCUGCUGGACUCACUGAUCAUCUACACGUGUUAGAGUCUGGUGGAUCUGAAAGUGGCGCAUCAUGGCGUCAUUAAAAACUACAGGUUUGUCCUUUGAGUGAAAGGACGGAGAUGUUUAUUGAUCAUCUGGACCAAAGUGAUGAUUAGAUGAACCGGACUAAAUAUAUCAAUAAAGU